CACCGAUGUGACUGCUUUUAUACGUUUUUAUUUACAUUCACAUUUUCGUAAAAUCGCAUGAAACUGUAAGGAUGAAGGAAUAGCGGGAAUGGAGAUGGAUUCAAAACCCGAGUCGCCCAAGCUUCCCGAUAUGGUUAUGUGCGGGGACCACCCUUCCUUUACCAAGACGGAGCUGAACGCCAAGGAGCCGAUUGAGGAGAAGGAGCAACCCAUCCUACCCUCCAAACUCGCCUCAACGCUGUCUGCGCGCUCGCUGCGAAACUCGCCCCGCCGCGGGCGCAAGUCGGGACACGCUCUGGACGUGGCGCGCCGGCCCUCGCGCGAGAGACUGCUCGACCCGCAGGGCCAUAGCGGAGCUCUAGUCACAGCCGCAUUGGGAACGUUUCGCUGGCCGCCGUACCUGUUGACGGUGUGGGUUAUAGUACUGGUGCUGACGCACGCCUUGCACUGCCUCGUCAGCUGCCUCGAGCGCGUGCUGCCUCGUCUCAGGAGCCUAUGCGAGUAUCUCCGCACAUGCACGGAACACCAGUGGCACUCGAACGCCACCAACCGGCUGUGCCCGGCGGCGCUCGCGGCCCUCACCGCCGCGUUCUACGCGCUCUACUGCAGCCUCUACGUGUUGUACGCGGCCGCGGUGUGGUCGGUGGAACCGCUAACAGAUGAGAAGGAAGCCGCGGAGGCGAAGGUCACGGAUUAUGAGAGCGAUGCUUAGGCGAGAAUAGGACUGGAAUACAGUUUUGAAAUUA